AUGUCCCUCACACAAACAAACACUUGUAUUUUUGUUUAUUGUUGAGACCACUUCUUGGAUUCUCUCUCUCUCCUUCUGUGUAAAGCUUGUAGUAACUCUGAGUGCCGUGUGAGAGAGUUUCUGGCAAAAACUCCAUUCCCAAUUUCCAAUUCUGAUUUGUUCAAGUAACUAACUUGGUGUUGGUGUAGUAUCAGUGCAUCACACAACACAAUUCACUCACUAGUCACUACCUUUGGUGAAACAAUUCAAUGGGUGGAGAUAGUCAUAGUGCUCUGAAAUCCAGAGAAGUAUCAGCGAUGAUAAAGCAGGGUUUCAUACCCGACCCAACCCACUCUUUCUCACCUUCCAGAACCUUCUCUCCUCCUCCUUCCUCAACUCGCCCGAGUCAGACUCAGACUCAGACUCAGUCCCAUACUCACUCUCACCCUCACACUCAGACUCUCUUCGACAUGAUGUCGGAGGAGCACAAAUUCUCCGACGAGAAGCGCCGCAAAACGCAAGAUCGAGUCUCCAGGCUCCUCGACGAGCCCGCCCUGCGCGGCGGCGGCGACGUCAGGCUCACGGUGGUCGCCAGGGACGGUUUCAGGGCCUCGAUGGAGGUUCGCAAGACCGUUCUCGCCGACAAGAGCCGCUUCUUCGCCGACAAGCUUCGCUGCGCCGGCGGCGAUCUCUCCCACUCCGUCGAGAUCAGCGACUGCGACGACAUCGAAGUGUACGUUGAGGCCAUCGUUUUGAUGCACUGCGAGGAUCUCAAGCCUAGGUUGCGCUCCAUGGCCGAAGGAGUUCCCAAAAUUUUGAGCUUGCUCAAGGUUUCAGCAGCUAUCAUGUUUGACCUUGGAGUUGUGUCAUGCCUGGAAUAUUUGGAAUCUAUUCCGUGGACUGAGGAUGAACAGGAGGAAGUCAUAUCUCAGCUAGAACAUCUUCAGAUUGAUGACUCUGCAACUGAAGUUCUUCUUAGAGUAUCAUCUGAUCCAUCUACUGCUGAUAGAGCUGACGACAUCUUCUUGAACCUGCUAAGUGGUGUUCUACAAGCAAAAGACGACAAAGCUCGUAGGGAAAUGAAAGCUCUGUUAUCAAGAUUGCUUAAAGAGAAUGUGUCUAAUGAUAGCAGCAGACUUGAUGUUUCUAAAGACACACUUUAUCAUCUUUGCCAUAAGUGUAUUGGUUCUCUUCUCCUAUGCCUGUCCGAAGCAGCCAGCAGCGAUGAGAAGCUGGAUCGGGGGGCUAUAAUGAGCGACAUAACUCGUGAAGCUGACAAUAUUCAGUGGAUUGUUGACAUUCUGAUUGGCAAAAAGAUAGGUGAUGAAUUUGUGAAAAUAUGGGCAGAGCAGAAAGAACUUGUUACACUUCACUCCAAGGUUCCAACAGUUUACCGCCAUGAGAUCAGCAGAAUCACAGCACAACUGUGCAUCGGCAUUGGAAGGGGACACAUACUGGUGCCAAAAGAAAUUCGAUUUUCCUUGUUGUCAACAUGGCUAGAAGCUCUAUAUGAAGAUUUUGGAUGGAUGAGGAGAGCUUCUAGAGCUGUUGACAGGAAAUUGGUUGAGGAUGGACUAAGCCAAACUAUAUUGACACUUCCUUUACUCCAACAACAGUCUGUGUUGCUGAAUUGGUUUGAUAGAUUUCUUAGUAAAGGAGAUGACUGCCCUAAUAUUCAGAAGGCAUUUGAGAUUUGGUGGAGAAGGGCUUUCAUCAGACAGUAUUCAGCUGAGCCUGAAAAUUCCCAAUUGCAAAUAACUCUCUCUGAUUACCCCAGCUGAAAGGUAUGCAAGGGACCUUAAGAGAAAGAGAUUGAUUGGCAAUUGUAAAUAAAAAGCGCCAUUUUGCAUUUUUCACUUCUGCUUUGGCCUGAUACGAGCAAUUUGGAUUUUCAUUUUUUCCCAUUUCUGUAUUCUGUCCCGUAAAUAGAUGAAAGCCAUGUUACCUGGACUCAGGUAAAGCUUUGUGUUGCAUAUUUACACAUUGAAGGAUAGGAGAGUUGGGAUGGGGGUGGGAGAAGUAUUUAUUGUUCUUACUAAAGGAUUGAAUUGAAAUGGUGUAAACUUUGCCGUUGUAUCCGAGGAAUUAAUAAAAUGAUUUGAUAAUGUGCUAUUCAACA